AUGGCAACAACACAACCCCUCAUCCAGAAUGCAUUCCAGGCAGCCAUGCUCGAAUUCAAAACAAAUCUCAACAACGAUAAGCUCUACACCAAGCUGCUUGCAGUCGCAUCGAUCGACGAGGUCUACGACCUGACUGACAAACUUCAAGCCGAUCAGGGCAGGAAAGGGCAUCUCCGCCAUCUAGCCAAGAUCGAGCCUUUCCUCAACCGUCUCCGGGAAUAUACCGGCGCCAUUGAUACUUUUGUGCAGGAAGUUGUGGUGUUGUUCUCAGGAAAUGAUAAGAUCUAUGAUGUGCUGGUUUUGUUUUUCAAGGAUAUCCUGGACUUUUAUCAGAUUGGGUUGAAGUUCUUUACCAUGCCUCGCUGGAAAUGCUUUUUCGAGGCUUUGUGGCCGCGGAAGAAGGAGCAUAUUAGUCUGGUGAAGACUCACAUUGAACGGCACGCUCUGCUGAUGCGGAACGAGGUGAGGCUGGAGCAUAUUCGGGAGGAGCAUGAUACUCGCCUGAGGGCGUUUGAGCAUUUCAAGAACGCUGAAAAAUCCCACCGAUUGCAGCGGUUUUACGCCAUCAAAGCGGACAUGAGUCCGAGGAUGUAUGACGAUAAGCUCAACUGGUACCAUAGCCGUGUCUGUGAAGGUACAGGGACUUGGCUGUUUAAAGACGACGUGGUAAAAGAUUGGUUGAAUAUCAAUAAUGGUUCUUCAAGGGUCGUCUGGCUUCAAGGAAUUCCAGGCUCAGGAAAGACGUUUCUUGCUGGUGCGGUAGUAGACAAGGCGUAUACCAUCGGUCAUACUGCCUUUGCCUUUCUCAGUCACACCUUCAGCACCAGUACUUCGGCCCUCGGCGUUCUACACUCUCUUCUAUUUCAAGUGGCCUCGCAGCACGAGGAUCUCCAAGACGUACUUUGCCACUCAACCAAUGAACAAAUCAAAAGCAACAUUACCGUGGCGGUGGAUACGCUUAAGAGCAUUCUGGAUUGCGCCGGCCAAGUCUUCCUCAUUGUUGAUGGUUUGGAUGAGAUCGACGAGGUUGAGCGCCGAGUGCUUUUGAAGCAACUCCUGCAUCUAUCUCAUGAAUGCCAUGAGACCCGCAUUUUUAUCAGCAGUAGACGGGAGGAAGAUAUCGCGGUAAUUCUCGAGGCCAGAUCGGAAACGAUUCGGGUCGGUGGAAGGAAUGAGGAAAGCAUCCAAGUCUUUGUCGACUAUCAGCUGAAGCAGAUUUUUCAGAGUAGAAGGUUUCCUCCUCAAAUCCAGGAUGAAAUAAAGCGCUCGUUGGCACCGCUUGCAUCCAAAGCCAAAGGGAUGUUCCUGUAUGCCAAAAUCGUCUUAAGCGGUAUUGAGCUGAUAGACGAUGUGGCUGAAAUUUGCGAAGAUUUGAGCAUUCUACCAGAAGAUCUAGAUGAUGCGUAUUCCCGAGUGCUUGUACGAAUCAAUAAACUGCGACCACCGUCGGCUCGCGACAAGGCCAGAAGAAUACUGGCCUGGGUGGGUUGCUCGCCAACACCGCUAACCGUCCAGGAGAUCGAACAAGCACUGAUGAUAAAACCCGAAAGCCUUGAAUUGGCGACAAAAGUGUUCGCCAGUCCAAACCUCAACCGACUAUGCGGACCCAUUAUCGAAAUAGUUGAUGGAUAUAUUCAAUUUGUACACUUCACAGUCAAGGAAUACUUGUUCAGUCCCGGCAUUGACGGGCAUAUUAGCCUCACCCAUGCGACCCUCGAUCUUGCCAUCUGCUGCACUACUUUUCUCAGCCAAAGACAUUAUGAUGUCGUUACUCUGGGUAAUGAUGACAUCUUCACCGGCCUCCUACUGGAUGGCAGCUAUAGACUGCAUUAUUUCGCAGUAAAUGGCUGGUAUGAGCUGGUCAAAAAGUACUUGCAGUUGACACAGAACAAGCCACUGCCACUAGGGCUUGUGCACUGCCUAAGGACGCUGAUGGUUAAACGCAGCAACGAGGAGUUUGCAGCAGAGCGCGAUACCUUUUUCAAACCUGCGUACUUGCAGCCUAUCAAGCCAGAGUAUCCGGAUCUAUAUCACUUUCUUGUUAGAAUAGCUCAAUUUCAUGAGAGAUGCUCACAAACUUGGUAUCAUGUCAACGAAGGGGACAAAUGGAACAGUUUUGAUCCACUGUUGAUAUCCCGUGUAUCGGCGAAAAUAUACCGAGAGCUGGACUCCAAGCUGUAUCCUUCCAGCUAUCAUCAACCAAACUGCCACUGCGAUUCCAUAGAGCGAAACUUCGGCAAACGUCCGUUCAAAUGUGGGUUCUUGAACUGUUCUUUUGAACAGCAUGGUUUCGAAUCCAGAGCGCAACGAGCAAAACAUGAAAAAGAGCACGAUCGCCCUUGGAAAUGCAGCGUCUCUGGGUGCGAGUAUGAGACUAUAGGAUUUCUAUCCAGCAGCAUGAGAGACCAACACCUGGAAAAAGCUCAUAAAGAACAGACACCACCAAGGGUUCUCUCCGAGGACACAAUCGAACAGGAUGAGGUCCAGGCACUGGUGCUCGAUUUGGUCAGAGAAGAUGAAGUGGAGAUGGUCGAGCGUCUCCUGCCGCGGGUUGACGAUCUCUAUCGGUUUUCUUCUCUCUUAGGCAAGACGGUAGGCGAACUUGGAUCUUUGCCAAUGGCGCAGAUGAUCACGCGGGUCUACGAAGAAGAUGAGGCGGCGUCUAUUACUGCUGCCUUCGUGAAGACCGACUCUGAGGACAUGUGGAGACUCUGCGAGCAAUUCAUGGCGGCUCUCUCGCGUGCUGACGACAUGGACCGAAGGAUGUCCGAUGUUUGUUUUGAAGAGCCGGUCAUAAAUGCCACCUGCAGGGUCGCGAAAAGGGAAAAUAUGUUACUUUCCCUGUGGGAAUCCGUCGCGGGGAUUAAGAAGCUCAAGGCUGCUAAGCUUUCCUACUCCUUGGGGGUUGUUGCAAGGACGACGUGCUCUAUUCCACUCGGGAGAGCUCUCCUCCAGUACGGAGCUGAUGUCAAUGGACAGAGGAGUAAAUUAGCGGUUUCACCGCUUCAAUUUGCUGCGCGGAAGUCGUCGAUUGAAAAUGCAGAGUUCAUGAGAUUCCUCCUCUCUGCCGGCGCCGAUCCGGACCAGGUUUCGCGCUCACGAAAACCUUCCGAUGGGAUAGGCGCCAAGGAGAUUGUCCGGUGGCUUGGGAUGACAUGGAACGAACUGGUCGAGCAGACGAGAGAUUGUAGGAGGGGGGCCUCCGCUGCCCCUCCGGAUCCUUCAGUAGGGCCAUGA